AUGAGAGUGGAAGAACUAAUCAUCGAUGGGUUCAAGUCAUACGCGACCAGAACAGUGAUCUCUGGUUGGGACGCCCAGUUUAACGCGAUCACAGGUCUUAAUGGGUCAGGUAAAUCAAAUAUUUUAGAUGCAAUCUGUUUUGUCCUUGGUAUAUCGUCCAUGUCUACAGUGAGAGCUUCAAACUUACAAGAUUUGAUUUAUAAAAGAGGUCAAGCUGGUGUCACUAAAGCUAGUGUUACAAUCGUUUUUGAUAAUAAUGAUACUGCAAAAUCACCAAUUGGGUUUGAAUCAGUUCCCAAAAUCUCAGUUACUAGACAGAUUGUGCUAGGUGGUACUAGUAAAUACUUGAUUAAUGGUCAUAGAGCUCAACAACAAGCUGUUUUACAAUUAUUUCAAUCUGUUCAAUUAAAUAUCAAUAACCCAAAUUUCUUGAUUAUGCAAGGUAAGAUUACUAAAGUUUUGAAUAUGAAACCAGCUGAGAUUUUAUCAUUAAUUGAAGAAGCCGCUGGUACAAAGAUGUUUGAAGAUCGUAAAGAUAAAGCUGAAAAGACCAUGGCAAAGAAAGAGACAAAGUUACAAGAAAUCAGAUCUUUAUUAGCUGAAGAAAUUGAACCAAAGUUGGAGAAAUUGAGAAAUGAGAAGAGAAUGUUUUUAGAAUUUCAACAAACUCAGUCUGAUUUGGAAAAGCUUUCUCGUGUCGUCAAUGCUCACGAUUUCACCAAGUACUCUAAAAGAUUUUACAAAUUGAAAGAAGAAUAUGAAUCUAAACAAUCUAUAAUGGAGAACUCAUCAUCUGAAAUUGAACGUUUAACCAAUGAGAUUGCUACAUUAACUGAAGAUUUGGAAAAAUUCAAAGAGCGUAAAGCACAAGAAGCUAAAAAGGGUAAUAAAUUGAAAGACCUUGAAGCCAGACAAAAUGAAUUAUCUAAAACAAUAACGAGACUCAAUACCUCAAAAGGGAUUAUUUCUGAAAAUAUGAAGGAUGAAGAAAAGAAAAAACAGAAGUUGAUUAACCAAAUUCAAACCUUAGAACUUGAUAUUGAAAAGAGAUUGAAUGCUCAUAAAAAUUUGGAACAAGAAUAUAAUCAAGCAAAAAGUCGUUUAUCAGAGCUGAAAGAAACUCAUACCAAAAAAGAAGAAUUGCUAUCUACUUUAACAACAGGUGUUUCCUCAAAAGGCAAAUCCGGUGGUUAUAAUGCUCAACUUCAAGAAGAAAAACAAAAACUUGCUGCUGCUAAUGUUUCAAUCCAACAAUCCAAAAUGAAAGUUGAACAUUUGGUCAGUGAUAAUAAAUCAAACCAACCAAAACUUACUAAAGCCAAAAAAGAACAUGAAGCAUUUUUGCAAGAAAUCAACCAACUCAAACAGAAACAAGCUGAUUUGGAAGGUCAACUUACAAAAGUUGGAUUCGAUCCAUCUAAAGUCAAAGAUUUGAAAAGACGUGAAGUUGAAAUCAAUAGGGAACUACACAAAGUUACGAAUGAAGUCAACUACCUGAAACGUAAAGUUGCAAAUCUUGAAUUUUCUUACACCAAACCAACUUCAAAUUUUAAUGCCAGAUCUGUUAAAGGUGUUGUUGCCCAAUUGUUCAGUUUAGAUGAAGAUAAAGCUGCUUCUGCUACUGCUUUAGAAGUUGCAGCAGGUGGGAGAUUAUACAAUAUUGUUGUUGAUAAUGAGGUUACAGGCUCUCAACUUUUAGAAAGAGGUCAAUUGAGAAAACGUGUUACUAUUAUCCCAUUGAACAAAAUUGCAGCUCGUACAUUAUCUCAACAACAAGUUCAUAUCGCCAAAGAGCUGUGUCCUGGAAAAGUUGAAUUAGCAUUAAAUUUAAUCGGGUAUGAAGCUGAAGUUUCAAGAGCUAUGGAGUUUAUUUUUGGUACAAGGCUUCUUUGUGAAGAUGCCGAUACUGCCAAGAAGGUUACUUUCCAUCCACAAGUUAGAGCUAGAUCUGUGACUUUACAAGGUGAUGUUUAUGAUCCUGAAGGUACAUUAUCUGGUGGUAGUAGAAAAAAUAAUGGAUCUGUAUUGGUGAACAUUCAAAAUUACAACAAAGUCAACAAUCAUUUGAAAUCUUUACAGAAUGAUUUGAAAAACUUUCAAUUUGAACUUUCAAAUGAACAAGAAUUGUCAGACAAGACAAAAUCUAUUCAAAAUGAGUUGAGUUUAACUUCCCAUCAAAUCCAAUUGGCUGAAAAGAACUUGCGUACAAAUGCCUCAAGUCAAAUUUUGUACAAGUUUGAAAAUAAUGAAAAAGAGAUUCAAGAAUUAACAGAAGCUGUUCAAGAAAAGCAAGGCUUAGUCCAAUCAAUCAAUAAUGAAAUUGCGAAGAUUGAGAACGAUAUGAAAGAGUUUAGUUCCAAUAGAGGCUCAAAAUUACAAGAAUUGGAAAAAGAAGUUGGAUCAUUAGCAGCUGAAGCAUCAAAACUGGAGCAACAAUUAAACAAUGCCGAAGAUACUUUUCAAUCUUCUCAAAUUGAAUUAGAACAACUUGGCGGUGAAUUACAAACAGCUAAAGAAUCUGUUGGUGAUGUUGAUGCUACCAUAGAAGAUUUGAAAACUCAAGCUGUUAGUGUUGAAAAAGAAUUACAAGACCAAGGUAAAUUGAUUGAUGAAAUCAAUGCACAAAUUGAUGUUGAAAGGGAGAAUCAAGUUGGCAUAAAUGAAGAAAUUGCAGAAUUGAAUAAAGUUUUGAAGAGUAAAAAUCAACAAGUUAAUGAUAUUAAACUAAAUUCACAAAAAUUAACCCAUGAAGUUGAGAAACUAGCAGGCUCUUAUAAAUCAUUAGGUAAACAUCUUGAAGAAUUAGUUGAAGAAAACUCAUGGUUGAAUGAUGAAAACAUUGUGAAUAGCGUGAUACAACAAUAUCCAAAUAUCAAUCUUGAUGAAUGUCAUGAGCAAAUUGCAAGAUUGAAUGAAAGAUUCCAAGGUAUGAAACGUAAAGUUAAUUCAAAUAUUAUGAGUAUGAUUGAUAAUGUUGAAAAGAAAGAAACUGCCUUGAAGCAAAUGAUUAAAACCAUUGAAAAGGAUAAAUCUAAGAUCGAAGAAACAAUUGUCACAUUGAAUGAAUAUAAAAGAGAUACCUUAGUCAAGACAUGGGAAAAAGUUAGUACAGAUUUUGGCCAGAUCUUUGGAGAUUUGUUACCAUCAUCAUUUUCUAAAUUAGUUCCACCUGAGGGUAAAGAUGUUACAGAAGGUCUUGAAGUUAAGGUUAGAUUAGGUAAAGUUUGGAAAGAAAGUUUAGUUGAAUUAUCAGGAGGUCAAAGAUCAUUAAUUGCCCUUUCAUUAAUUUUAGCACUAUUACAAUUCAAACCAGCUCCAAUGUAUAUUUUGGAUGAAGUUGAUGCUGCUUUAGAUCUAAGUCAUACUCAAAACAUUGGUCAUUUGAUCAAGACGAGAUUCAAAGGGUCUCAAUUUAUUAUUGUUUCAUUGAAAGAAGGUAUGUUUACCAAUGCAAAUAGAGUUUUCAGAACAAGAUUCCAGGACGGUACUUCAGUUGUUAGUGUUAUGUGA